UACGUGACCUGAACUAUAUAUUUUCAGUAUUGGCAGUGAAUAUUGGAAUGCAUCCUAGAACAAACGUGACAACAUCUGUCAUUCUCAUGUUCUAUAGCCGGCUAUAUAAAUAUGGUUUUUUAUCAUCGAUCAUUGAUCCGAAAAACACUAUAGUUGAUUUUUUUCUCGGUUAAGUAUCUGACACUUCUAAUACAUUUAUAUGUUUAAAAAUGGUACAAGCAAGUGAAAACGAUAUCUUAAGUAUAGGCGGAGUUCUGAAUGAUUCCGCCAGACCUUUAAAAGAAAGGUUCCGUGCUCUAUUUACUCUGAAGAACAUUGGUGGUCCAACGGCAAUAGAGCAAAUCCACGCGUGCUUCAAAGAUCAGUCAGCUUUGUUAAAACAUGAACUUGCGUACUGUUUGGGUCAGAUGCAAGAUCCUGCAGCCAUUAGUAUCUUAACAAAUGUCCUGGAAGAUCUGUCGCAAGAGCCGAUGGUACGUCACGAAGCGGGAGAAGCAUUGGGUGCUAUUGGUGUAUCGAGUGUGAUUCCAUUAUUAGAAAAAUAUUGCAAGGACCCUGUACCUGAGGUUGCAGAAACUUGUGAGUUGGCCUUAAAUCGUUUGAAAUGGUUAGAAUCUAAUGGCAAUGUGAAAGAUACAAAAAAUCUAUACUUUACUAUUGAUCCUGCGCCAGCAACAGAAAUAACAGAUGUAAAUGUCCUAAGAAAUAUUUUACUGGAUGAAAGCAAAUCAUUGUUUGAUAGAUAUAGGGCAAUGUUUUCCCUAAGAAACUUAGGUACUACAGAGAGCAUCAUAGCUCUUAGUGAAGGCUUGAAAGCUGGUAGUGCUCUAUUUAAACAUGAAGUAGCAUUUGUACUAGGACAACUUCAAAAUGAAGUAUGCGUACCAGGAUUACAAGCAUCGUUAGAAGAUACUGAUGAAAAUGAAAUGGUCAGACAUGAAUGUGCGGAAGCUUUAGGUUCUAUCGCCACUCCAGAGUGCUAUGAGAUAUUGAACAGAUACCUCAAUGAUAGUAAAAGAGUUGUACGUGAGAGCUGUAUCAUUGCUUUGGAUAUGUGUGAUUAUGAAAACAGUACAGAAUUUCAAUAUGCAGAUACCCUGGCCAAGCUUCCCAUUGUAUAAAGAAUAUCCAUCUUUUGAAAUGUCUAGUUUAUAAAUUGCAUAAUAUUAUAUAUAUUUAGCAUUUCAAACGAAAAAAAAGAAAUAUAAAUUAUUGUCCACAAUUUUUAGUAUAUUUGUAGUAUAUUUACGCCAUGUUCAAACUAAUUAAAAUAUUGUUACAUUCCUUAUUACAUAUUA